AUGGAGGAAAUCUAUGUCAAUGUUGAGAUGAAAGACAAAACUGUUACACCUGUUGACUGCAUACAUCAGACAGGUGAGAGUGUUCAGUCUGAGCUAAGUAAAGACACACAUUUCCUCCUUACAUUUCCUGUACAGUCUGCUCUGCGUUUCAGGUCCAAGGAGCUCAAAGAGGAGAUUUCAUGAAGCUGUUAUUUGGUUUUUGGGGCUGCUGAGUCUUCUCCUCCUUGCUGGGGUCAUCGCCCUUGGAGUCUACUGUGAGUCAGUUUUUGUAUUAUUUUAAAUCAUUAGUUGGAAACUUGUUUUUAAGAGUUCAUGUUCUCCUGUAAAGCAUCCACUUAACCAAGUUAUCUUGUCCUUGCUGUUCUGGCCUCUCUAUUUUCCUUUGCAAACUUUUUCUUUAUGCUCACAUUUUAGGUGUUUUGAAAAUCAUGAUAGUUUAUGGGGGCUUUCUGGAAUCAAAUCACAUUAUUCUGGUGACUCUAAGCAGAAAAAAACAUUCAGCAAAAUUAGUGAAGUCUGAUGUACUCUUGUUUUAAACCAUUGACAAUCUCUUGGUUUUCACAGUGUCUAUAUCUCAACCUCAUAACACCUUCUGAUGCAUUUCAGCAUAAACCUCUUUUUAAAGAAUACAUUUAACAUAGACUGUGAAAUGGAGAUAUAAUGCCAUUUUAAAACAUAACUCUUUAUUAGUAAAGUUAUUUUUACAAGCAAAAUCACAGAUAUAUAUCUGGUCAUCUGUCACAACAGAGCAUUUCUGAGAAACAAAAAAAGACAAAAAAAACAAAAUUCUUUCCUUGCAGUGGUUUGCAGAAUAAUAUUAGGUCAAGAUGAGUUGUUUCAAUAUCAAUCAAUCAAUCGAUCACUUUAUUUAUAAAGCACUUUUCAUACAUAAACUUGUAUCACAGAGUGCUGUACACUUUGGGAACACAAAAUAAAAUACAAAAUAAAAUACCAACUGCAAAACCCCACCCACAGCCCACAUUUAACUGAGACCCCCCCCCCCCCCCCACACACACACACACACACACACACACACACACACACACACAUACACACACUGACAACCACCGAGACACCAAGUCAGGGCUCAACAGGAAGCCGCAGAGGACCAAGGAAAUGCUAUCUUAAACUAAAAUGGCGAAACACAGGAGCUGAGGCUAAACUGAUAAAACCAUGACAAGAUAUAAAAAUUAAAAUGAAAUAAAACAACAGCAAUAAUAAUAAUAAUAAUAAUAAUAAUAAUAAUAAUAAUAAAAUAUUAUAUCAUAAAACCGUUUUAAAAUCAAACAAUAAAAGAAAGUAAACAAAUAGUGUUAAAAUAUAAGGUAAUAAUUCUAGGACUAAAGUGGAGUAAAAUACUUAAGAUAAAAAGAGUAGACUAAAAGAGAGGCUAGAAGAAUAAAACAAUAAUCAGCUAAAGGCCAGACUAAAAAGGAAGGUCUUGAGUUUGCGUUUAAAAAUAUGAACUGUAGGUGUCGCUCUCAGGCCUUCAGGCAGACUGUUCCACAGAGAGGGGCCAUGAUAAUAAAACGAUACUUCAACGUAUGUUUUGGUUCUAACUUUGGGGACUAUUAAAAGACCACUACCUGAAAACCUGAGGGCUCUACUGGGCUCAUAUCGUAAAAGCAAAUCAGAUGAAUAAGAAGGACCAAGACCAUUAAGACAUUUAUAAACUAAGAAAAGAAUCUUAAAAUGUACUCUAAAAGAUACAGGAAGCAAGUGCGUAGACUUUAAAAUUGGUGUAAUGUGGGCUCUUCUCCUCGUCUUCGUCAGCAUGGCCAAUAAGAAAAGGACAUCACCUCCAAAAUGAGAUACUGCAUCUCCUGGGCCUAUCCUUCAAUAGAUAGAUUUUAAAAAUCUGCAAAAAUUGUUACUCGAGUGUCUGGAUUUGUCAUCCCUUCAUAACAAAAAGUGCUGGACUGAUGUAGUUAAAAAAUACUUCAUAAUCUUAAAAUAUGUAUCUUUAAUUAAUUGCAGGCUACAUCUCAACCCGGGAUUCAUCUGCAGAGUUCUCUACCGUCAUAGCCAAUCUUACUGAGCGUCUGUCCUCCCUGACUGAACAGAGAGACCUGCUGAAUGUCAGCCUCUCUGAAGUGUCCAAAGAGCUGCAGUCUUUGAGUGAGUGCUCUUCCUCUGUGGUUUCUGCACACAGUUUAGAGCUGAGAACUAACCACACUGUCAUUUUUCAUGACCGUGACUGAUUUUGACUCUCACUUCUGUUUAUUUGCCUUGAAAAUCAUAGGAAAAUGAACUGUAUGUGCAAAUGAAAAUCACAAGACAAAUGGCUCUAUGUCUGGUUUAUUUAGUGUUAGUUGCCACAGUCUCAGAGCAACAUUAUCUAUGUUUUGAUGAGUUUCACAUCCUCAUAAAAAAAUUGGACCUGCUUUUCUACUUCUUCAUGAAGUUCAUUCAUUCCUACUCAUCUAACAUAAAAAGUGGAACAUAAAAGUGAUAACGGGUGAAAACGAUAGGGAGACAAAGAGGUAGACCUCUCAGGGGUUUCAUAUGUAACAAGUUAAAAGACUUUUUCCACAUUUUAGAGCUUUCCAGAAAAAAGAAGGCUGACUCUUUUUAUGAAUCCAACACUUGCAUGACAUUGAGCACAAAAAAGUGUUACAAGGUCCUUUCAAGGCUUUAUGACAGUCAUGUAAAGAGCAUACAUUACAACUAGCAAUGUUUAUAAAGUGGACAUAAUACCUUUUAAAGUUAUGAGUGAUAAUGUGUCAUAAUUUAAUGCAAAACUAAUAACAGCAUCUUUUUAAUUUUGGGUCUCAUAACACAGAACAACUUCCACAACUUUAACCAGUUAUAAAAUGUAAUUAUCACAAUUAUUAUGAAACGUUUCCAAAAAUAAAGUAUUUAAUUGUUCAACCCUACAGGUUCGUGGGUCAUUGUUUGCUGUUUUUUGUCUCUUUGUGAAAACUUAUCUUUGUCCUUUCUUUUUUUUUUUUCUUCAGAGAAACAGUGUCCUCCAGGAUGGACCGUGUUUGGAUGUUCCUGUUAUUUCUUCUCCACACAGAAAAAGUCUUGGGAUGACAGCAGAGCAGACUGUAGAGACAAAGGAGCAGAUCUGGUUAUCAUAGAAAGUUUCACAGAACAGGUAAUGUAUUUACCGGGGAGUUUUCAGGGACAAACUGGUGACUCAAGAAUUGACUCAACAUGUCUUCUCACUCUGUUCAAUCUUAAUCUACAAUCUACGAUUAGACGCCAUAAAGUUUCCCAGAGGCAAAAUGAAAACAUGUUGAGCUCCCCCUAUUGACUGGCUGCAGUAAAGGUGUUUAAAAUUGGAUAUCAUUUCUUGAAACGAUAAUUGUUGCUAUAUUUUCAUAGAUUUGUCCUUCUUGAUUCACUUAGAUCUAACGUUUAAAGCUUUAAAGCACUUAUAUUAAUAAUUUUAAAACAAAAUAAUGUGUUGAAGUUUUUGUCCACCAUAGUUACUGUUUAUUUAAAAACAGCUUUCUAAAAAGAAAAGUACAAAAAGUCAGAAAUAAAUGCAAAACAUGUUCAUGUGACUCUCAUUUUACAAAUUUAUGUUUAAAACAUUAAGAAAAAUUUUGACACAGGUUGGUGUAAACUAAAAUAUAAUAAACACAGGUUUUAUAUCUUCUACAGGAAUUCCUCACUAAUAAUAAGAAAGGAGACACAUGGAUUGGUUUGAGUGAUAGAGAUGAUGAAGGGACCUGGAAAUGGAUAGAUGACACUCCACUGACUCAGGGGUAAGAAGCACUGUGGAUGUUAAACACCUUGGUUUGGAUUCAGGCUUUAUAUUUUCUAAGAUGAUCUUGACAAUUUUGACAAUCAAACAAUUAAAGGGACAACAUUUUCUUUGGACAAUGUUUCUGGAAAAAUGCUAACUCUCCUAUAUCUUGAAAAAAAAUAACUGAGCGAAUUCACUGUCCUGUCUCUCCCUUGUAGGUUCUGGUGGAGGGAGCAGCCUGAUAACGGUGGUGGAUUUCCACAAUAUGGGGAAGAAGACUGUGCUCAUCUAAGAGCCGACAGGAGCAAAGCGGACAAUUGGAAUGAUCGCAGGUGUGAUGUGACCAUGCUGUGGAUCUGUGAAAAAUAG